AUGGCUGUGCUACGUGACCUGAGAUGGGAAAUCCAGCAAGAGCUUCAUCAGCUGACCAGUGCCCGCAACAGAGAUCUUCUCUACAAGCUGGUAGAGUCGUUCAAAGAUGAGGUGGAAGAAGAUUUGCCAGGUGCAGAAUCGACCGAAGUGGAACUCUUCGACUUCAUUGUUGACUUUCUGAGAAGUCCACACAUGAAGAGCCUCGAGGACCAGGGGAUGUCUCGCCUGCUCGCUUUCCGCGACCUCAUUGGAGAACUACAGUUGCCCACGUCAGUGGAGGGAGAAGAUGCUAGAGGUUUGCCCGACCUAGACGAGGUUACUGUAGCGCCUGUGACCAGCGGGGCUGCUGCUCCCACGGUCACCACGACCCAAGUGUCACAGAUGACUCCAUUUUGGAGCUAA